UCUCGAAAACAUGAUAAAACGUGAUAUGAUAACCUGUCAGAACAUGUGGCCAUGAGUUAUAUUAUGUCAUAUACAGAUAACUGAGCAUUUUCUACGUCACAAGACCAUCUUCACAAUGGACUGUCCUGCAAUAUAUAAUAAUUAUAAUUCAUUAAUGCCAUCAUGAUAAUCAGCAUAGGACAACAAACCGAUUGCCAAAUAAUGUAUUUCAGUGAGGCUGUCGAUAAAGUGAGCUAAUGACCCUUCUUGUUCAGAUGCUAGAUCAUUAUCAUCAGGGACGACCAACUGAUGUGGUAUUCGGAGUUCUAUGGGGCUUGUUCAUUCCGGAAAAUUGAGCGUGAAACUGUUCGUUGAUGAUAAAUCAACUAAUCUUACAUCAGACGAUGACAAGGCCAUCUUCGAGAACACAUUUAAAAAAUAGCACACCGAGAUUUAAAAUGAUGAAAUAUCACCCAAAAUAAGUGUGUAUUAAACAACAACGACUAUGGCGGAAUUUGACUUCAAAAACUCUGAUGCGUUGGAUGACAUCAAAACGAAAUACGACGAGCAUGGAUAUAUCGUAAUGAGAAAUAUUUUCAACAAGGCGGAAAUCUCCAGGAUAAGAAGUGCUUUUGGUAAUCCAAACGGUGUAAUGAAACAUCAAUACAAGAUACCCUCAGGUGGUGGUCGGGAUAUCACAUUAAGUUUAUGGAACAAUCCGGGGGAUGACGUCACAGGAAUGGUUGCUCGCAGUGAAAAGAUAGUCAACAUUUGUGAAAAUCUUUUAGGCGGUGAAUUAUUCCAUUUCCAUGCUAAGGCAAUAUUGAAAGAACCGUCUGUUGGUGGACAGUUCGUGUGGCACCAGGAUUACGGAUACUGGUACAAACAGGGAUUUCCAUACCCGGAUAUGAUGACGGUUUCGAUAGCAGUUGACGAAAAUACCAAAGAAAAUGGCUGCUUGCAGGUUUUACGAGGAUCCCACAAAUGUGGUCGGUUAGAUCACGGAUUUUACGAGGGCGAACAAAUGGCAGAUCCUGCGAGAAUAUCAAAACUGAAAGAGAAACUUCAACUUGAAUAUAUUGAAUUAAAUCAAGGGGACGCUGUAUUCUUCCAUUCCAAUUUGCUACACAGCAGUGGCAACAACACGAGUUCCAAACAAAGACUGGCAUACGCAAUCGCUUAUUCCGCGGCUUAUAAUGAUGCUUUAGCCAAACAUCCGUUUGCCUACUACAAUCCUAUACAAAAGGUGGCUGAUAGUGCUAUAGCAGAAUGUGAAAAUGAAGAGGAUUUGACAGGGAAAGUUUUUCUGAAUCCGAAGAACGAUGUGACUGUUCGAGUUAAACCAGAAUAGUGAACAAUUAGAAUGUUCGAGAUUAAUACCUGACAAUGAGAUACAAAUGUAUACAAUAAUUACUCUAAAGCCGUGAUCACUCAGCUAUGAUUUUCAUUUUUUUUUCUCGUUUGGUCAACUGCAAUAUUUCAAAAUAUGCUACUCUAAAUAAAAGCGUUUAAACAUUGAUCCAUAUUUUAUGUUUUCACGUGUCUGAACAUUUUAAUGCUCCCUAGUGAUCACUUGUCGGCAUUUACAAAUAGGUACAGUUGUACCAACUUUUGUGGAACAUUUAUCCAUGUACAUCAUUAGCGUUUUAAGGUUGAAAGAUAAAAUUUGAUUUGUGCAAUGUUUGCUACGAAUUUUUAAAUAUGUUUGGAAUACUUGGAAGGAAAAUCAUGACAACGCAUGUUCUUUUAUCAACAUUCUUCCAUAAAUCAUAAUACAUGUACUCAGACAUGGGAUGGAAAGUAACGAAUGGUUGUAAAUACACACAUAGUAUCAUCAUAUUCUGGAACAUUUUCUUCCGGUUGGUAAAGUAAAUAUUAUAGAAGUUAUAUGACACAACCAAUGUGAACAAAGUUCGAAAAUAGUGUGACGAACAAAGCGUAGCCGAUUCGACUAAAGUAGAUCAAACCAUCUCGUACACUUAGAUUCUAUUUCAUUUUUACCACAUCGUCACACUUUUAAGUUGGUGUCAAUAUGAUCAUGAUAAAGACAAAGCAUCCUUCAGAGUAGACUCUUUUACCAUUUCGGACACUAUAUAAGACAGUACUAGCACGCUUCACAUUGGUCAUUAGUCUGAUGAAGGUGACAAUGUAGUCAUCGAAACAACACACUCUUAAAUAUUAUAUUAGUUGUGUCAUAUGACUUCUAUCAUAUAGUAUAACUAUCUUUCAAUAACGCCAAAAUCUAACGAAAAUACAUCGUACUGCUGUUACGUCCUUCUAGGACACGUACGUGAUACCAAGGACCGAUACAAGUACUUCAAACAGUUUCAUAAUUUCAAUCAAUAUUAUGUUUAAGAGAAAACGUCGAGCAUGUGUGUUUGAAUCAAAACGGGGCAUGUAUGUCAACCGGCAUUGUUUUAUUUACAAGAUAUUGACACAUUUCAAUUCAAAUAACAAUCUGUGGAUAGGACAGUAGCGCCAAAAUCCCUAUCAUUCACAUAUUACUUUACACCGUUGUGCUUCGGGGGAAAUUACUUUACAACUAUUAAACACAGUAUUGGAAUUUGAUUUUUCUUCUGAAAAAAACUGUUGAUGUUGAUUAUUAAUGAAUGUAUUCCAGUAUUCAGUCUAAUAUUGCAUAUUUGUUCGCGUGGAUUUCGAUAAUUUCCUCUGGAAAACUUGAAAGAAAUAUUCAAAGUAUACAAUUUAUCUACCAUAGCCAAGCUGAAAUCGUAGUAAAACGUUUCCUUUCCCUGAAAUACGAUAUUCAAUCAAAUGACCCUCCUUGACACAAUCCAGCCCGUCUGUCACGGAAAUCGUGAAAUAAACAUUGACAUGUAAACACCGUAGAUUUGGGAAACAGGGUUUUUUUUUUUUUUUUUUUUUUUUUGGAAAUUAAGAAUAAUGAAAAUGAACUACCGUAUGCUCUUUAUCACACAGCUUAGUAAUCGUUACUUGGUACGUAAAUGCUGAAGUAUGAUUGAAGAAGGUGAAGUGAUUUAUUUUUAUAUAGCUAUAUCAGAUCGAUUUCACCAAUAUAUUUCUUGGUAUAUAAAGAAAAUGCAUCAUGAUUAUGAUUCAAUAUGAAAUUAAACAUAAUAUUGAUUAACGUCUUUAUUUGGUAUGCUCUUCAAUGAACUGGUCCUAGUAUGAAACCAAAAACUGCACCUGGCUCUUAUGGGUAUGUGAAAAGUCUGUUCGAAGACGGUGUCACCAAAAUCAAGAAAGUCUUAAAUCAACCAAGUACUCAAUAAUCACCUAAACAUGUUUCACCGUGACUAGUGUCGUGUGUUUUAGGACAUAAACUAAAGUGACUUUUCAACAAAAUACUUUCUUUCGACAAUCUUGGAAUAGAAAGAAUCCCUCAUUUUGAGAGAAUAAAGCCACUUCUUAACUUUCAAAUGAGAUGGUAAUAAAUGCUAAAUUUUGUAUAUGCAUAUUUUUCGGUAGAAAAGGAGCAAUGAUAUUCUGUUUCGGAAAAUAUUGCCAAUUAUUUAGAUACAUGUAAAUUUGUUUUCUUGGAUUAUAAAUAUUCAAUGAAAUGUAAAUUCUUUGCUUUGAGGAUGGAGCAGAGACCGUUCUAUCUGGUAAAAUAACGGGUUGAUAUAUGUCAUUAUUACUUAAAUAAAACUGGCUUAAUAU